CCGAGAGAGGGCCCACCACCACCACCACCUCCACCCCCAGGCUCCUCCAUCCCUCCCAUCCAGAGACUCCACCGCUCCUCCACCUGCCGGGUCAUUAGUGCCUCUCACCUGUGGAGGCAGAAUUGUCCCGGCGCGGAUCGCUGCUGUGCUGCUGAUAAGAUGUCAGCGUGGCGUUGGGUCGUGGGCGUGGUGGGCGUGCUGGCGGCGGCGCGGUGUGGCGUGAAGGCGGGCACGGUGCGGGCGUCAGACCCCAUGGUGGAGGGCCUCAUGUCGGAGAUACAGAUGGACCCCAACAUGCCCCAGCUGCCCCUUGGGAACCCUGACUCGAUGCUGACAGACAUUCCGGGAAACCCCCUCGACCCCAACGACUAUGAGAACGGCUUGCAGAUGGUGCACAAGGACUGGGACCCUUCGAGCAAGAGUGACCCUAUAGAGCUGGCGGGACUCUUCCAGGGAGACAUCAUACUGCCCAACCAAGAUGACUACUACAGCCUCAUCCAUCCUGCCGACGCCCCACAGGCCAGGAACGCUAUCAAGACCAUGACGAAGCGCUGGCCCAAUGGAGUGAUUCCCUACGUUAUCUCCUCCUCCUAUAACAAGAAGGAGCGUGCGGUGAUCGCCGUGGCCAUGAACACCUACCACCAGAACACCUGCGUGCGCUUCGUCCCCCGCACUGUGGAGAAAGACUACAUCCACAUCCACAAGGGCGACGGGUGUUCCAGUGUGGUAGGCAGGGUAGGGGGCGCGCAGGCUCUCUCACUGGGGCCGGGCUGUCUUUACGUGGGUAUUGUGAUGCACGAGUGUAUGCACGCCGCGGGGUUCUGGCACGAGCAGUCACGAGCAGACCGCGACAGCUUCAUCACCAUCAACACAGCCAACAUCCAGGCCGGCAUGGACUACAACUUCCAGAAAUACUCGUGGGACAAAAUACAGAGCCUGGGGGUGGAUUAUGACCUGGGCUCAGUGAUGCAUUACGGCCCCUACGCCUUCGCCAAGGACCGCACCAGACCCACCAUUAUCCCCAGAGUGAAGGGCGCCGAGAUAGGACAACGCCGAGCUCUCUCGCCUAAAGACAUCCAAAAGAUCAAGAUUCUGUACAACUGCGCCAACACGAGCACGACCAACGUAGUGACCCAGGCGCCGCUGCCCGCCAAGCCUGAGACUGGUAAGUGCAAGGACAACGACAAGUUCUGCAAGGCUUGGGCCACAUCAGGAGAGUGUGACAAGAACCCCUCCUGGAUGCACGUCAACUGCAAGGUGUCCUGCAACAAGUGUGGUGUGGGGUGCGGGGACAACAACGAAUUCUGUUCCUACUGGCAGUCCAUCGGAGAGUGCACCAAAAACUCAGGCUACAUGCACAAGUACUGCCGGAAGUCGUGCGGGACCUGUCACGCCGCCAGUGACUACGACGAGACAGUGUGCGAGGACAAGAACACCUACUGUCCGGACUGGGCGGCGCAGAAGGACUGUAUCACCAACCCUGACUACAUGCUCAAGUUCUGCAGGAAGUCUUGUGGCGUGUGCUGAGCCUUCCCCCAUGGUGACCACCCUGCGCACCUGCCACCCUCCGCCCUCCGCCCUCCACCCUCCACCCUCCAACAGCCACUACCGCCCACCAGCCACUAGCCAUUUAUCCACCCUCCAUCCACUUCUAAUUGUUCUUAUUAUGGUUUGGUAUCCUGUGUGUGUGUGUGUGUGUGUGUGUGUGUGUGUGUGUGUGUGAGCUCGUCGUUUCUUUACAUCCAUCAAAAACUGUAUACACUUAAUUGUAACUGCUGAAAUGUUAUCAUCACUAUUGUUAUUAUUAUUUUUAUUAUUAUUAUUAUUAUUAUUAUUAUUAUUAUUAUUAUUAUUAUUAUUACUACUACUACUACUACUACUACUACUACUACUACUACUACUACUAC